AUGAUGAUGCAUCUCUCAGUUCAAAGAGUGAGGAACUUGAAGUCUCUGGGGCCUCGGGUUUUCGCUUUGGGAAAUUAUAAUCUUUCUACUUUGGCCGAACCUUCUUUCCAAAAGCGUCAGCCUCUGAGGGUUCCCAAUCUUAUUGGAGGCGUGUUUGCGGAUUCAAAAUCGUCAGAAUUUAUAGACGUCAUAAACCCUGCAACACAAGAAGUUGUUUCUCAACUUCCAUUAACCACUAAUGAAGAGUUCAAAGCUGCAGUUUCGGCAGCAAAGCAGGCCUUUCCAUCAUGGCGCAACACACCUAUUACAACCCGCCAGCGUGUCAUGUUAAAGUUUCAAGAACUUAUUCGAAGAGACAUGGACAAGCUUGCCAUGAAUAUUACCACUGAACAGGGAAAGACCUUGAAGGAUGCUCAUGGAGAUGUGUUCCGUGGACUAGAGGUGGUAGAACAUGCUUGUGGUAUGGCAACUUUGCAAAUGGGGGAGUACGUUCCCAAUGUAUCAAAUGGUAUUGAUACCUAUAGUGUUAGAGAGCCGCUUGGUGUUUGUGCUGGGAUUUGCCCAUUCAAUUUCCCAGCAAUGAUUCCUCUGUGGAUGUUCCCUAUUGCAGUUACGUGUGGUAAUACCUUUGUUUUAAAGCCAUCAGAAAAAGAUCCAGGUGCUUCUGUCAUUCUCGCAGAAUUAGCAAUGGAAGCUGGGUUGCCUAAUGGCGUUUUAAACAUUGUUCAUGGAACCAAUGAUAUUGUUAAUGCUAUCUGUGAUGAUGAAGAUAUUCGGGCUGUAUCGUUUGUCGGUUCUAAUACUGCUGGAAUGCAUAUAUAUGGAAGAGCAUCGGCAAGAGGAAAACGAGUCCAAUCCAACAUGGGGGCAAAAAAUCAUGCUAUCGUCAUGCCUGAUGCAAAUGCUGAUGCAACAUUAAAUGCAUUACUUGCUGCCGGUUUUGGUGCUGCUGGACAAAGGUGCAUGGCUCUCAGCACAGUAGUUUUUGUUGGAGACUCAAAGUCAUGGGAGAAUAAACUGGCAGAACUUGCAAAAUCCCUGAAAGUAAAUGCUGGAACAGACCCUGAUGCAGACCUAGGUCCAGUGAUUAGCAAGCAGGCCAAGGAACGAAUACAUAAAUUGGUUCAAAGUGGUGUUGAAAGUGGUGCGAGGCUACUGCUUGAUGGCAGAAACAUAGUGGUAAAAGGAUAUGAGCAUGGAAAUUUUAUAGGUCCGACCAUGUUAUCUGACGUCAGAGCAGACAUGGAGUGCUAUAAGGAAGAAAUUUUUGGGCCAGUUCUGCUAUGCAUGAAGGCUGACAGCUUGGAGGAGGCAAUAGACAUUGUUAACAAAAACAAAUAUGGUAAUGGAGCUUCUAUAUUUACUACAUCUGGCGCAGUUGCAAGGAAAUUUCAGACUGAGAUUGAGGCUGGCCAGGUUGGCAUCAACGUUCCUAUACCUGUUCCCUUGCCCUUUUUCUCAUUUACCGGCAACAAGGCAUCUUUCGCGGGGGAUCUAAAUUUCUAUGGUAAAGCCGGAGUUAAUUUUUACACCCAGAUCAAGACAGUAACUCAACAGUGGAAAGAUUUACCAAGCAGCAGUGGAGUAUCUCUAGCAAUGCCAACUUCUCAGAAGAUAUAGUGUUUUGCUAGGUGUAAAAUACUUCACAUCUUUUAAAUCUUGUGUGAACCCUACAAUAAUUCUAUCAAAGUUACACCUGCUCUUGUUCUUCGGU